AUGAAUGCCUAUAACUUGUCAAUUCAGGCUCCAAGCACAUCGCAAACGAUGCUCGCCAGCCAAGAACCGCAGCUCCGUCCAAAUGAUACAGGUCUUAUUGUAUAUAUCGUUGUCAUGGCGGUCAUCUUAGCAGUGGGUUUUGUUGGCAACGUGCUGACAAUGUUAGUCUUAAGUUGCCACGAACACAAAAACAAGAACAUCACCCCAUUCAUGAUGAAUCUCGCGAUCGCUGACAUCAUUAUUAUCGUUUUUGGAUAUCCAGUGGUUGUCGCAGCCAACUUUACCUCCUCCGGGCUCAACGUUCGUAACAGUCGGACCCAGUGCAUUUGGUCAGGAUUUAUCAAUGGCUCAGUUGGUAUCGCCUCCAUUGCCAACUUGACUGCGAUGAGUCUGGUAAUGCAUUCUGUCAUUAGCAAGGUCAGCAACAAAACAAAAAUCCCCAGAUGCAAGGUGGCAUUCAUCAUUAUCCUUACGUGGGUGUACGGAGUGAUGGCCAUGGUUCCGCCGUUAGUGGGCUGGAACGAAUUCGUCCCAGGCGCCUCUGGUAUCAGCUGCUGUCCGAACUGGUCGCCCGAAACAAAAGCUGGAGUGGCGUACAAUACAUUGUUGGUUUUCGUUGGCUUCGUUCUGCCACUAAGCGUCAUUAUUUACUCUUAUCACAGAAUAUACAGGUAUAUCCGUGCACAGCAACCAACGAUUGGAAGCGCUUCGAUUCAAGUCAUCCGAAGAAAAUCCGAAAUCAAAGUUGUGCGCAUGACUGCCAUGUCAAUUGCGGCCUUCGUCUUGAGCUGGUCUCCGUACGCUAUCGUCAGUAUCGUGGCCACCAUUCGGGGUACUAAUGUACUCACACCUGACUUGGCAGAAAUCCCGGAUCUUCUAGCCAAGGCCUGGGUUAUCUACAAUCCCAUCGUGUACACAGCAAUGAACGAAAGAUUCCGUAAAACCCUGAAGCGCAUCGUUCCAAUUCGUUGCACCUUCCGCAAGGGAACAAAUCCAUUCGGAAAAAAAAUGUCGCCCACGGUGGAAUCACGCCCCACGCAUGCGUGCACAAUACCUUAUCCACCGAGGGGUAGAACCCAAAGUGUGGUGCAUUCAGGAGGAGCCGUCAGUGAUGAUGAACACUCAUCAAGAGCUUUUCUCAACAGACAGUGGCCGGUUCCUGUUUGA